UAUGGAGGAAGAUGGAGGACAGGAGGCUUGGAGAGAAGGUUUACAUGAAGACAGUGUCCAAAUGCACAAACACAACCUUGAUGGCAGCCUUGCAUCUACCCUCCACCCUACCCCCAUGACCCCUCAACACUCUUCCCCCAUCACCCCUCUCCAUCCUACCCUAAACUCUGCCCUCGCCCCCCUCUCUUCAGUGGAUUUCCUGUGUCUGGAGGGGGUGACAGAGUUUGAGUCGGGCACAGACUGGGACAGUCUCCCGGGUCGAGGACCCCCCGGUGACGACGACAUGAGGGAGACAUGGGAAACUCUGCGGGAGCUGGGGGCGUUUCUUCGCCAGGUGAGCGGUGGCGGAGCCAAGGUACCCAGGUGUGUGGGCCAGGUGUGGGGGGAAGGUACACAGGCGAGGCAGAAGAGGGUCAGGGGUGGCGACAGGCAGAGAGCCAGGGAGGUGGAGGCACGGAUUCGCCAGGCUGGGCUGACACCGCCCUCCCUGAUGAAGCGCUCUGCCUCAUUGGCUAAGCUGGGCUGCUUAGACCUGUCGGCCAAUGACCUGAGCAAUUGGGAUAUUAGCCCCACCUCUCCGGCGACACCCGCUGUGGAACUUCUCCUUCCUUCCACAGAAGCUGACGAGUCCUCCAGGAAACUGAGGGUGCUGUUCCACAAUGCCCUGUGUCCUUCUGUCUCGACCAGCAGGCAAGAGUCCCUCACCAACAGAGCGGAGAGGCCUUGUGAGAGCGGGGACACACCCUCAGAACACUUGCAUUCUCCUACGUCCAAUCAAGGCUGGCAGAAGGAGAAACAUCCUGACUCUGGCCAUGCCCUCUCGCUAACGUCUGACCUGAUCUCCGUGGCAACACGACAGCAGUAUGGAAGGACACACCCCCUACGUAGGCUGAAGAAACGGACUGUCAGCACCCUCUACCACACUAUGUGACCCUCACUGUGUGUGUGUGUGUGUGUGUGUGUGUGAGAGAGCGUGAGAGACACAGAGUGAUGAGAGCUGGUCAAACGCCAGCCACUUCCCUUAGCCCCUACCACCUUCCCUGGCAGAUGAUAGUCAGAUGUGUGGACAAUAUGCCAGCCGCCUCUAGGAUCAUUGGAAGGCUCGAUGGAUUAUAGCUUAACACAAAGCUGAUCUCUUCAGGGCAUCGUGUAUGUAGUGACUCCUAGGAUGUGUAAUGUUUCUUGUUGCAUACUGUAUGUAGUGUGUAUUUGAGUCAUCAUUUUAGGAUGUGUCCUUUUUGUUUUCUAUUGGUUGGAGUCUGAACUGUUUGUGCGGCAGAAUAUCUCCAUAAGUUUUAAAUUGUUUGUCACUUUUGUGUACAUAAUAGGAAGUGUGUGGGGGACUGAAAAGUGCAGUUUCUCCCUUCCCUUUCUAUCAGAAAUAACAAUGAUAUGGGGAGGUUUCUCAAAUAUGCACUUUACUGUUUUUUGAUUUAUGUAUGGUUCCUACCCCUGGAGCUUAAUGUGAGUUGAAUAGUUGGGAGUAUUUUACAGUGCAGAAAUGUCAUUUCAUUUUAAAUCUGUAAAUAUUCUAAUUUUUUUAUGUGCUUAAACUGUGACCAAUAAAUAAUGACAACUUAACUCCGA